UCCCAUUAAUUCCAAGUUUCAGAUAUUCCAAACACAACCUUAAUCAUCCCUCUCUCUCUCUUAACAACCAUGGAAAUUAGGAGAGAGGAUGAUGAAAUUCAAGACAUCAGACACAACUACUCUGAAGUUAACAUUGAAAUUGAGAGUUUUAAUGCCAAUAGGAGUUGCCCACUCCCCAUAUUCCUCAAGUUUGAAGAUGUGGAGUACAAGGUGAGGAAGAAGGAAGGCUCCACCAAAAACAGCAACCCAGUGAAGGCAAUAAUGUCAAAAGCGGCCUCAAAAAUCAACAUGUAUGAAGACAGCUACAAGAAAAUCUUGAAGGGCAUAACAGGAAGAGUUGGGCCUGGGGAAAUACUUGCUUUGAUGGGGGCUUCUGGCAGUGGCAAAACAACCUUGUUGAAAGUGAUUGGAGGAAGAUUACUUGACAAUGUCAAGGGAAACAUUACCUACAAUGACAUACCCUAUACUGCUGCCCUUAAAAGGAGGAUUGGGUUUGUGACUCAAGACGAUGUGCUGUUCCCGCAACUAACGGUCGAAGAGACCUUACUUUUCUCCGCAUUUCUUCGGCUACCGAGCAAUAUGAACCGACAGCAAAAGUACGAGAGAGUAGACAUGAUAGUGAAAGAGCUAGGACUUGAAAGAUGUCGCAACACAAAGAUUGGUGGUGGUUUUGGCAAAGGAAUAUCAGGAGGAGAAAGAAAAAGAACAAGCAUAGGAUAUGAAGUUUUGAUCGAUCCCUCCCUUCUAUUACUCGAUGAGCCAACUUCAGGCCUUGAUUCGAACUCAGCAAAUAGACUUCUUCUAGUCCUCAAAGGACUUGCCAAGGCCGGACGGACAAUAAUCACAACAAUACACCAACCAUCAAGCAAAAUGUUUCACAUGUUUGACAAACUUCUACUCAUGGCAGAAGGCUAUCCUGUAUACUAUGGAAAGGCUAGAGAAUCAAUGGAAUACUUCUCAUCUUUGAGAUUUAUCCCACAAAUCCCCAUGAACCCUGCAGAGUUCUUGCUCGAUCUAGCUACCGGACAAGUCGGCGACAUAAGUCUUCCCGAAGACGUAUCGGAAUCCCAAGGCUCUCUCGACACAGACAAAACGAUUAUUAAGUACCUGCAACUCAAGUACAAAACUCAAUUGGAGGUUCAAGAAAGAAGAAAGAACCAUGCUGCUAAGGCACCAGAACAUCUACAAUUAGCUGCCCAGGUUGGGAAGGACUGGACAAUAAGCUGGUGGGAACAAUUUAGGAUUGUUUCAAAGAGGACAUUCAAAGAAAGGAGUAAGGAUUACUUUGACAAACUAAGGCUAGUUCAAGCGGUUGGAGUUGCACUGCUGUUGGGGCUUCUUUGGUGGAAAUCCAAGAUCGACACUGAACCUCAAUUGCGAGACCAGAUCGGCUUAUUGUUCUACAUCUGCAUAUUUUGGACAUCUUCAUCCAUCUUCGGAGCAGUGUAUGUGUUCCCAUUUGAAAAGGUGUAUUUGGUGAAAGAGAGAAAAGCGGAUAUGUAUCGACUAAGCGUGUACUACAUGAGCAGCACGCUAUGCGACAUGAUUGCACAUGUGCUCUAUCCAACUCUGUUCAUGCUCAUUCUCUACUUCAUGGUUGACUUCAACAGAACAGUAACAUGUUUCUUGCUGACAUUGUUUGCAAUAUUAUUGGUUGCAGUGACAAGCCAGGGGGCAGGAGAGUUGUUUGGAGCUGCAGUUCUGAGUAUUAGAAGAGCUGGUAUGGUUGCUUCUUUGAUACUAAUGUUAUUUCUUCUAACAGGAGGCUACUACGUACAGCAUAUACCGAAGUUCAUGCGAUGGAUGAAAUAUGUAUCAUUCAUGUAUUAUGGGUUCAGACUACUUCUAAAAGUGCAGUACUCAGGAGACCAGUUAUAUGAGUGCCAAAGCCCACAAGGCUGCCGCACUCUGCAGAGUUCUACCUCAUUUGACACUGUCAACCUCAAUGGCGGCUUACAAGAAGUCUGGAUUCUGCUAGCCAUGAUCCUCGCCUACAGAUUAUGUGCCUACUUUUGCCUGCACAAAAGGAUCACUCAAUCCAAUAUUUGA